AACUGUUCUUUUCUUCACCGUCUGACCAGGAAUGAGUUUGUUUCCUCCAUCAGGCUGCAGUCCGACCACAGCAUGAGGCUGUUGGAUGUGGCGAAGGAUGAUGACCAGGAGGAGGCCCCUCCACACUGCAGGGCCCUCCUGGCUCCCUGCUCCAUCCCCCGGAGCCUGGUGAUCUCCCCCGGCCUUGGAGGAACACCGGUCACGCCCCAGCUGACUGAGAGCCUGAGGAGGAUCCUCUUUGGGGGAACGUUUCACGUCUUCAACUACGAGUGGAGGAAGUCCUUCUUCCAGUUCAGAGAACCGGACUCUGAGCUGUCGUACAUCCUGGAGGCCGACAGAGGCGGCGCUCGCUCUAUUCAGAUGGUCAUUCAGGCCCGCAUCAUCAAGUUCCUGCUGUUCAGCCAACCAGACAGCACAGACAGACGGACGCUGCACAGCCUGAGUCAGCUGCAGCAGAGGGACCAGGACAAGGCGCUGGCAGCUGCGUUGUCCGACAGCCUCUGGUUGGCCGGCCAGGAGGAGCGGGCCACUGUUACCCUGGUAACCGAGGACUACUGUAUCACUCCUCACCUGGACUAUAAGCUGGAUGACUUCACAGAGAAGCUGCAGCUGUUCACCUUCGACAGGAAGGACGACGUCUGGAAGUUCAUCCUGGACCACAUUCAGUGUUUUAAAGCAGAGGGCAGUCAUGGAGUCAUCCUGUUCCUGUACAGCCUCAUCUGCUCCCGGACAGUCGACAGGCUCAGAGACGAUAUGAGCUCCAACACUUCCCAUCUGCUGCACCUCAGCUUGGGAAACUUUGUGUGUCGACAGGCGUUGCUGAACCUGCUGCUGACGGGCCGGGGCAGCCCUCACGUCUUCAACGGGACGCUACAGUUCGGGGAGGACGGCCAGCCUCUGGAGCGCCCCCUGCAGGGAGUCCUGUCCCGCAGUGAUGUGGGUUACCUGCACUGGAGCCGGGAACAGAUGGAGCGAGGCGGACUGCCUCAGGUGGGCAGCAUGCUGAAGACGCCCCGGUUCCCGGUCUGGGUCUGCUGCAUCAACAACAGCUACUCGGUUCUGUUCAGCCUGAACCGGUCCCUGCUGUCCGACUGGAGGAUGGAGCACCAGUUCCAGCUCUUCUACUGCAACGGCCAGAACUCCCAGAGAUCCACGGCCCGCCUCACCGUGGGUGAGCGCCACCGCCGCCGCCGCCUCAUUCAGCUCCUGAAAGCGCUUCAGGUCCAUGAAGGUUCUGGUUCUCCUGCAGAUACUCACUCCCACCACUGGGAGGCGCCGCCAGCAGAGGCAGACCCGGAGAAACGGUUCCCGUCACUGGAGAUGACCAUCAGGACGAAGUGGGACGGCGCCGCCAUCGACUGGAAUGGAACCGACCCGUUCUACUGAGCAUAAAACAUGACGGGCUAUGGCUCCCCCUACUGGUGGAGACUUGGAUAUAAAAUUUGUACGAAUUAUUUUAGACUGAAAAUCAAUAAAAACUUGUUUAAACUUAA